AUUCCUUUGGCUUGAACAUUGUACAAACACAGGGAAAGAGCAAAGUGGAGUGCCGAUUUUUCCGGACCUGCUGGUGUUUGAUUUACGUUUCACAGAUUAUGUUUUGUUGCCUCGGAUGGUUGAACUCUUGACCAAUCUCAGGGAGCUAAAUACAAAGGGAGUCUCAUGGAAGACUAUGAGUCAUGUUUGGAAAAAGCUAGAAAAACUUUACAAGCUCCGAGUUACCAAAUCUUCAGAUGUGUUCACGGUGGACAGCUGUUCUUCCAUAGAUAUGAUGAAUUUGGAACUCCUUGACUUAUCUAGCAACACUCACAUGGAAUUUUUGCCGACAUUGUCAUCCGAAAGAAGCCUGAAGAUGCUUGUUCUUGAUGGUUGUUCCAGCUUGGAGAACGUUAUACUGGAAGGAGCUCCUCCACUGCUCGAAAGUUUCAGCUUUGAUGGUUAUGGGCCAGCAGAGAAUUGGAAUCAUUCCAUACAACUGCCAAAAAAGGAAUUGCGCCUGCAGUCUCCUAUAGCUCCCAUCGAAACCGUCCAGGUUACCAAGAUCUCCCUGCAUGGUUGUGGUCGAUUGCAGAACAUAUUUUUGCGUGCAUUGCCUAAUCUGGAGGAUCUGGAUCUCUCUGGUACAGCCAUUAAAACACUUGACCUCCUUGCAAUGGAUAUCCCGAAACUCAAGAAGUUGUUCCUGCUGGGUUGUCAGCAUCUCCGUAGCCUAAUCUGGCGUGCAUUACCUAAGUUGGAAGUGCUACGUAUAGACAUGCAGUGGAAGCAAAGAUCAAUGGUCUAUUGUGGAAUAGAGAGAUCUUUCAGCUUUCAUGCAUUUAUUGCUUUUACAGAUGGAAGGUUCACUUUCAGGUUCAUUGAGGGACUCUAUCACCGAAUAUCACAAUGUCUCUCAAUGGUGUACCUCCUUAUCUCUUGCAUGAGCCAUAGCCAAGCCAACAAUACCAAAAGUAUCAAGGAGAUUGGUCCUAGCCAAGAGGGUUUGGUUCCAACAAGUCUGAUUUUACCUUAUGAUAAUGUUGCUCUUACUAAAGAUGUUAUGUGCUCAUCUUUCCUGUGGAACCACCAACAGCUUCAAACUUUGGAUGUGCAUAUCGAGAUUGGUGAAGGAAGCUAUAAUAUAGAGAGUAUGCAGGACAAUUCAAAUUUCAAUUUAUUUGCGCGUCAUGUUCAAUCAUUGCAUGUCCAUGACAAUUCCUCAAUCACUGCUAUCCCUCCAGCAAAUGAAACAAACUGGGACAUGCUUGAAUGGUGUCAUGUUGUGAGGUGCCCCAAGCUACAAUAUGUGUUUUUUCGCCGAUAUGGACGAGAGAGCUUUGGACAUAUAAGAAUAAUUUCAGCUUCUGAUCUCCUGGUGGCUUAUUGCAUCUGGAGUAGAGGCACUAUUAUUCAGAAUAGUUGUUUCGCACGACUGCAACACAUAUACAUGUACAACUGCCCUAGGCUGGUGUACGUCCUCCCCAUUUCCUUCAGCUUGCCCAACUUAGAGACCCUCCAGAUCGCAUACUGCAGUAACCUCCGAGAUGUUUUUCCAUUGGACGACAAGUACCCUCCAGCAAUAUCAUCAGGUGUCACAUUCAAGAACCUAAAGCAAAUCAAGCUAUACCAUCUUCACAAUCUGGGGCAGAUAUGCGAAGUCAGAUUGACUGCGCCGGCGCUGCAGACGAUCGGCCUCCGGGAUUGCUGGGGUCUCAGGCGUCUGCCGGCCGUAGCACGUGAAGGUCCCAAGCCGGUGGUGGACUGCGAGAAGGACUGGUGGAACAAACUCGAGUGGGAUGGCUUGGAUGCCGGUCAUAACCCAUCGCUCUUCGAAACGCGCCACUCAGCCUACUACAGGAAGACCCUCCCGAUGGUCUCGUUUCUAAGGUGAUAUGUUGCGCUACUCUGGCAUGUGUUGCUUCGCGGUGCGAGGAGGUUGGGCUUACGUGAAGCUUCACUUUGUUGUUACAAGUCCUGAUCUCACAGAUCCGGGGUGUUCCCAACUGCGUAGGUGUGUCCGCAAAGUGUGUCUGUGUUCGAGUUUUCGGUCCGUGCUGCACUGCUACUACUACUUGUACUCGCAGCCUCGCGGGUGAAUAAAAGUUGUGUUUUCGCCACGAUACAUGACCUUGGUCCUUGGUAUGCUUGGAUUGGUGUGUGAUGUUCUGCUACUUGGAGUCCUAGCUUUCAUGCUUGGUGCGAUGUUCACUAGCCUAACGGGUUUGUGUUGGUUUGAAGUCUGUUUGUAAUAAGAGGGUGUGCCGUGUCCAGAUACUCCACUUGUGUCCACAAGAGAGUGUGGUUUUGUGAUUGAUGAACCGUUAAUUCAGCCUGUGUUUGGUUGAUGAACAACAAACAUUGUAUGAUUGUGAUCAUUAUCGGAAAAUUGUACUAUUGUGAUGAA